CCAAAACAAAAGGCAGCAGCUGCCGAGCGAGCAAACCACCACCAGCUCACUCGCGCACGCAUCCCAGAUCAGAGAUCCCAUCUCGUCAUGGCCACCGCCGCCACCGCCUCCGCCCCGGCCUCCGCCUCCACCUCCGCCGCCUACGACGCCCCCUCUGCCUCCUCCUCCUGCCCCGCCGCCGUCUGCCUCGUCCCUUUCAGGUGGUGGGCGGGGGUGCGCGAGGAGGCGGCAGAGGAGGGCGGGGUCCGUUACGCAGCCACGCCGGCGGCCUCACCCUCAUAUUAUGGCCUCAGGCUUCUCCACAGCUUCCUCCACCCAGAUCUCGUGCUGCGCCUCGACCGCGGGGAGUGCCGCGCCAGCGCAACCUCGGGAGGGAGCCGCAGCUACGCACUCGUCCCGGCGGACGAGCUCUCGCGAGCGCUCGCCAGACAGAACUCCAGUUUGGCAUUGCAUAAUAAACAUUCGUUUGCUGAAGACAGUGCUGGUGCUUAUCCUUUGGUGCUUAGAAUUUCUGUGCGUGAAACAAGCAUUUUGACUGUUAAAAUCAGCAAGAAGGAUAAUCCAGUUGAUAACUAUAAGCGGGCAAACAAGAUGUUUAACAUUGAUUCUCAACCAGUUCAUGUUUGGGAUUUUUCAGGGCAGACAAAUCUGAUUUUAAUGAAUGAGUGGAAUAGAUCACAUCAAGACUAUUGCCAUUCAGAGCAAGAGAAUCUUCUAGAAGUUCAAGUCUAUGCAAUGUCUGAUUCCUUAACAUUCAAGAUUGGUGGGACCAGCAUGAAUGUUGAUAUGUCCUGUGGCAACUUUGGAAGAGUUAGCGCUAUGGGGUUAAUCGGACUAGAAAAUCUCGGGAAUACUUGCUUUAUGAAUAGUUCAAUCCAAUGUUUGGCUCAUACAACAAAGCUUGUUGAUUAUUUCCUCGGAGAUUAUGACAGCGAUAUAAAUCAGACAAAUCCCCUUGGACUGAAUGGGGAACUUGCCUUGACAUUUGGAGAAUUGUUGAGAAGUUUAUGGACGAAUGACCGAAAUACAGUUGCACCACAUAACUUUAAAGCAAAGAUUGCGUGCUUUGCUCCUCAGUUCAGUGGCUUUAAUCAGCAUGAUUCACAGGAGCUUCUUGCUUUUUUAUUGGAUGGUCUGCAUGAAGAUCUUAAUCAGGUAAAAUACAAGCCAUAUGAAGAAGCUAAGGAUGCAAGUGGCCGUCCAGACGAAGAAGUAGCUGAUGAAUAUUGGAGGAACCAUUUAGCCCGAAAUGAUUCUGUAAUAGUUGAUACCUGCCAUGGACAGUAUAAGUCUACAUUAACUUGUCCUACCUGUAGUAAAACAUCUGUCACAUUUGACCCAUUUAUGUACUUAUCUUUGCCUGUACCUUCCAUGGCAAAGAGGACAAUGACUGUGACAGUUUUCAGCACUGAUGGUAGCAGAGAGCCAUUUUCAUAUGAUGUCAGUGUGCCAAAAUUUGGCACUCUUAGUGAUCUUGUUCAGGCUCUGAGUGCUGCUUGCUCACUUGGAGGCGAUGAAUCCCUGCUGAUAACCGAGGUAUAUAAUAACUGCAUCAUCCGAUACCUGGAGGAGCCUUCUGAUUCAGUGUCAUUGCUGAGGGAUGGAGAUAAAUUGGCAGCAUACCGGCUACCAAAACAAUAUGAAAAAUCUCCACUUGUGGUUUUUACACACAAACACUUUGCUGAGCAUUCUGGUGUUGAUAAUUUUGUAACUCCACAAAUGAAGGAUUUCGAGGCUCCACUUUUGGCACCACUUCCUGAGCCAGUCAAUGGAUUGACUCUUCAGGAAAUCUAUCUGAAAUUGUUAAAUCCAUUUCGAUUUUCCAAGACAAUUAGUUUAUCUACUGAUUGUGGAAGGGGCAGCAGUGACUGUGCUGUCUACUUGAUGGAUGCAGCUGGUGACUGCGCUGUUAAUUUAAUGGAUGUAACACCUUCCAGUUCAGAUGGUAAUGUCCAUAGUGCUCAACUGGAGGAUGGGCCUGAAAGAAAUCAGUGCAAUGAUAAUUCUUGUGAAGUGAUGGAAGGAUCUAGUGAGGCAUACUGUGGGGAAACAGAUGUUUUUGACAAGGAGGCACAGACGGAACAGUUUGGAUUUUAUUUAACAAAUGAACGGGAUGAUGUUCAACGCACAAGAAUAGAAAUGAAUGAUCUUGAUUUACUUGAUACAACACCAAGCCGGCUACAUGUCAGUGUCAAUUGGCAACAUAGUGCGUCAAAGCAAUAUGAUAUCUCAAUGCUUAACAAUCUACCCGAGAUACACAAGCUUGAGGUUAUUCUAAAAGGAACCGAAGAUUCUGUUGCACUACAGGGUUGUCUAGAAGCCUUUCUAAAAGAGGAACCAUUGGGACCAGAGGACAUGUGGUACUGCCCUUGCUGCAAAAAGCAUCAGCAAGCGAUGAAGAAAUUAGAUCUCUGGAGGCUACCUGAAGUUCUGGUCAUCCAUCUGAAAAGAUUUUCAUAUACCCAGUUCACAAGAAAUAAGCUUGAGACAUUUGUAGAUUUCCCCAUUAGUGAUUUGGACCUGUCAUCAUAUAUUGCCACUGAGAAUGAACAACCAAACAAGCAUUAUCGUUUGUAUGCCAUUAGCAACCACUAUGGAAAUAUGGGAGGUGGACAUUACACAGCAAGCAUCUGUCAAGAAGGCAAGGGAUGGCACAAAUUUGAUGAUGAAUGUGUAACACCCAUAAGCGAGGACAAUAUAAAAACAGCUGCCGCAUAUGUUCUGUUCUACAGACGAGAGUGAAGCACAGCUCCUGUACAAAAGCAUUGUUCACUGGAGUUGUAUAGUGUCUGGAUUUUGCCUAUAUCUCUUUUGGACAACAUUUUGGCACUUGAAUCUCUCAAGCCACUAACACAUACAACAGCGUGUACAGAUUCAGUUGCCAACAGGAGAACAAAAGGACCUGGCUAAUGGAAUGCAUUGUUCUUUUUUUCCAACCAACACACCGUAAUUUUUCCGUACAUGAAUUGGGCCCACGGUGUAAACAUGCUUCAUUUGAGCAGCAAUAUUCUUUCUUUUGUCAAGAGUGCCAAGUGAUGUAACAGCUCUGUAAAUUAACUCGUGUGACAUGUUGUAGAGCUGUCACAAGAUUGACGCUACAGCCACUCCCCACUGUGUUGGAUAGUUGGUCUAUCCAUGAGCCACCGGCAUUACGAAAAAUGCAACAUAUUUUCGUGA